AUGGGAUCAGUUUUGAAUAACCCUAACUUCAGUUUCUUUUCUGAGAAGAUAAUCGAUAAUGGAGCUACAAGUUCAGUACCAUCUCUAUAUAUUCCUGAUGAGGAAAUAGAUGAGAGUAUUUGUGAAUGGAAUUUUAGUCUAAUUGGUAGAUUAGAUUUUGUUAAAUUUAAAUUUGUUGUUGCUGAAGAAUCUUUGAGGAAACAAUGGAAAUUAACAGGUGAUUAUCAAUUGAUUCCUCUUGGAAAAGGUUUCUUCAUCAUCAAAUUAUCAAAUGAAAAAGAUAUGAAGUAUAUUUGGAAUGGUUGGUGGAAAAAUGAUUCACAGAUCCUUAAACUAAGACUUUGGGAGCCAAAUUUUAAUCCCGCUGCUCAGAAAACUACUACAGCUUUUGUAUGGGUGAACUUUCCAGGAUUGGUAAUUAAAUAUUGGAAAGAAAAGAUUCUAAUGUCCUUGGGUGAUGCUAUUGGAAGAGCUAUAAAAGUAGAUGAAACAAGUCUCAAAAGGGAAGUUGGGUAUUAUGCUAGUGUUUUAGUGGAAGUGGAUUUAGCUAACAAGGUUCAUAAUCAAGUUUUAGUCAAAACCAAAUAUGGAAGUUUUGAGCAAGAGGUACAUAUUCCUAAAAUUCCUAGUUUCUGCAGUCAUUGCAAAGUGGUGGGGCAUUUAAUUACUGAAUGCAGAGUGCAGCAAAAAGAACAAAAACAUCUUGAUAAUGUUGGUACAUUUCAUAUAUUACAAAGUUUAGAGAAUGAUGAGUUUCCUCCCUUGAGUGUAAACAAAUUAUUAGAUGUGGCCACUAGUAGUACUUCAGUGAUAAACAAGAUUAAGGUUGGUACUGGAAAGGAGCAAGGAACUCAAGAAGUUGUGAAGAAAGUGGUUAAACCAAAGAACAUCAGCUUUAUAACAACAAGAAAAAACAAUGGAACAAAUUUAGUGAAAGAGAAAAAAGGUGUGAGGAGUCAUGCUACUUCUCAAUCUCAACCUUCUAUAUGA